GAGAGAGAGAGAGAGAGAGAGACAGAGAGAGAGAGAGGGAGGGAGAGAGAGAGAGAGAGAGAGAAAGCUGUGUCUGUGCUCUUACGGCAGCAGCACUGGAGUGUGUGUGAGAGAGAGAGUGUGUUUGGCGCAGUCAUACAGAUGCAGUGUGUGUGUGUCCUGACAGCAGCAUGUGAGUGAAUGUGUGUGUGUGUGUGUGUGUGUAUGUCUGUGUGUUUUGCGAGCAGGUGUUUUUGCCAGGCAUCAGAGGGAGGGUCACACACACCCUCCAAACGAGCAGCAGCACGGAGGCGGUCGGACUAUUUGCCUUUUUCUUUCGUUUUUUGUUCUUCUUCUUCCUCAUCGUGGUCGUGGGAGGCGCUUUCUCCUCUCAUCUGCUCGCGCUGUCCAUCAUCUGCCUGCUCGUCUAUUUCUCCAUCUAUCUCAUCUAUAAUUUCUCUGAUUUGUGAGCGGAGGACUGUGUGCUCUUACCUUUUCUUCUCUUCCUCCUAAGCUUGUUUGAUUGUAGGUAGACUCGCUCGCUUCAUUCAUGAGUCUGGACUGCGUCGCGUCUCCAGAUGAGCAGACACGCGCGCCUCUUUCUGCUCUUUUACAAUUGGACUAAAUGCGGAGUGAAGCCGGUUUAGCAGAGGUGAAUGUGAACGGAUCGCCGAGUCGCCGGAGGACGUGUGCGCUGUUCGACGCUCUGAAACCAGGACACUGAAGAUCAGCAGUUCCAGAGGACACGCACACAUAAGAAAAAGAGAGAUACUGCAGACCGACUGCUAUCAGUGUCCACAGUAGGGUAUGAGAGCGCUACAGCAUCAUGUGGUUUCUGAGAUGGAGGAGUGAGAGUUUGGCUAAAAACAUACAAGGUUGUCCGCUCCUCCAUCAUGUCCAUCUGCAUUUACCGUGGCUUAGCUCCACCCUCUCAGGAAAGGCGGGCGUGGCUUCAUGUUCUGGCUCCGCCCCCACGUCACUGGCCCUGUCCGUCGCUGCAGCAGCUGUUGGCCGUGUGUCUGCUGCUGCUGCUGCCACUGGCCGUCCAAUCACGGCGCGAGCGAGGCGGAGGGGGCGUGGCCCACUAUAUCCCAUCAUCAGUGGCUCAGUAUCCGCCCAUCUCCAAGCUGAUGCAGGGCCUGAGCAUCGCAGUGGUGCUGGUGGGGAACUCCAGUGAGGUGGCGCUCGCCGGCAUGCGUGACAAAGACGACUUUGGCCACAUGCCGCUGGCACCCAGUGUGGAGAUGGUCACGAUGAACGAGACAGACCCCAAGAGCAUCAUCAAGAGCAUCUGUGACCUGAUGACGGAGCACUGGCUGCAGGGCGUGGUGUUCGGAGACGACACCGACCAGGAGGCCAUCGCACAGAUCCUGGACUUCAUCUCCACGCAGACACACAUCCCCAUCCUGGGAGUGAAGGGAGGCUCCUCCAUGAUCAUGGCCGCUAAGGACGAUAACUCCAUGUUCUUUCAGUUCGGACCCUCCAUCGAGCAGCAGGCAUCUGUCAUGCUCAACAUCAUGGAGGAGUACGACUGGUACAUCUUCUCCAUCGUCACCACUUACUACCCCGGCUACCAGGACUUUGUUACUAAGAUCCGCAGCACCAUCGAGAACAGUUUUGUGGGCUGGGAGCUGGAGGAGGUGCUGCUGCUGGACAUGUCUGUGGACGACGGAGACGCCAAGAUCCAGAACCAGCUGAAGAAGCUGCAGAGCCCCGUCAUCCUGCUCUACUCCACCAAAGAGGAGGCCAACAUCAUCUUCCAGGUGGCACACUCUGUGGGCCUGACGGGCUACGGCUACACCUGGAUCGCCCCGUCUCUGGUGGCAGGAGACGCCGACCACAUCCCGGCCGAGUUCCCCACAGGCAUGAUCUCAGUGUCGUACGAUGAGUGGGAUUACGGUCUGGAGGCACGCGUUCGUGACGGUGUGGCUGUGAUCGCCUCGGCCACCUCCACCAUGAUGAUAGAACGAGGGCCACACACACUGCUCAAGUCUGAGUGCCACGGGGCCCCGGACAAGAAGAGCCCCAUCAGCAACGAGGUGCUCAGGUAUCUGAUGAACGUGACGUUCGAGGGCCGGAAUCUCUCCUUCAGUGAGGACGGCUAUCAGAUGCACCCCAAACUGGUGAUCAUCCUGCUGAACAAGGACAGACAGUGGGACAGAGUGGGUAAGUGGGAGAACGGCUCUCUGUCGAUGAAGUUUCACGUGUGGCCGCGGUUCGAGCUCUACUCUGGGACGGAGAGCCGAGAGGACGAUCAUCUGUCCAUCGUGACGCUGGAGGAGGCUCCGUUCGUGAUGGUGGAGGACGUGGAUCCACUCAGCGGCACCUGCAUGAGGAACACGGUUCCCUGCCGCAAGCAGCUCAAAACACUGAAUAAGACGGGGGAUUCUGGCAUCUACAUCAAGCGCUGCUGUAAAGGCUUCUGUAUCGACAUCCUGAAGAAGAUCGCCAAGUCUGUGAAGUUCACCUACGACCUUUAUCUGGUCACCAAUGGCAAACACGGCAAGAAGAUCAACGGCACAUGGAAUGGGAUGGUGGGAGAGGUGGUGCUGAAGAACGCUCACAUGGCUGUUGGCUCGCUGACCAUCAAUGAGGAGAGGUCAGAGGUCAUUGAUUUCUCCGUGCCCUUCAUAGAGACAGGCAUCAGUGUCAUGGUGUCUCGGAGCAAUGGAACCGUGUCUCCGUCUGCGUUCCUCGAGCCGUUCAGUGCAGACGUCUGGAUCAUGAUGUUCGUAAUGCUGCUGCUGGUUUGUGCCAUUGCCGUGUUCAUCUUCGAAUACUUCAGUCCCGUGGGCUACAAUCGCCGUCUCAUUGACGGCAGAGAGGCCGGAGGUCCAUCAUUCACCGUCGGAAAGGCCAUCUGGCUGCUCUGGGGUUUGGUCUUCAAUAAUUCUGUGCCAGUGCAGAACCCCAGAGGAACCACCAGCAAGAUCAUGGUGUCCGUCUGGGCCUUCUUUGCUGUGAUUUUCUUGGCCAGCUAUACUGCUAACCUGGCCGCAUUUAUGAUCCAGGAAGAGUAUGUGGACCAGGUGUCAGGCCUCAGCGAUAAAAAGUUUCAGAGACCCAAUGACUUCUCCCCGCCGUUUCGCUUUGGGACCGUGCCCAACGGCAGCACAGAGAGAAACAUCCGCAAUAACUACAGAGAGAUGCACUCCUACAUGGUCAAAUUCCACCAGCGCAACGUGGAUGAAGCGCUGUACAGCCUGAAGACAGGGAAGCUGGAUGCCUUCAUUUACGAUGCGGCGGUGCUGAACUACAUGGCGGGCCGAGAUGAGGGCUGUAAGCUGGUCACCAUUGGCUCCGGAAAAGUGUUCGCUUCCACCGGCUAUGGCAUCGCUAUCCAGAAAGACUCGGGCUGGAAGAGACAGGUGGACCUCGCCAUCCUUCAGCUCUUUGGAGACGGUGAUAUGGAGGAGUUCGAGGCUCUCUGGCUCACAGGGAUCUGCCAUCACGAGAAGAAUGAAGUGAUGAGCAGUCAGCUGGACGUGGACAAUAUGGCGGGUGUGUUCUACAUGCUGGGUGCUGCCAUGGCUCUGUCGCUCAUCACCUUCAUCGCUGAACAUGUCUUCUACUGGCACCUUCGCUUCUGCUUCAUGGGCGUGUGUAACGGGAAACCAGGGCUCACCUUCACCAUCAGCAGGGAGAUGUACAGCUGCAUUCAUGGAGUAGAAAUCGAAGAUAAGAGUUCAGCACUCAAUUCACCCUCGGCUACCAUGAACAACACACAUUCGAAUAUCCUGCGUCUGCUGCGCACCGCCAAGAACAUGGCAUCCCUCUCCGGGGUCAACGGCUCCCCACACAGUGCACUGGACUUCAUCCGCCGAGAGUCCUCUGUGUAUGAUAUCAGCGAGCACCGCCGAAGCCUGGCCGGACACUCAGACUGCAAGGCCCCCUACCUGCCUGAUGACAACAUGUUCAGCGACUACAUCAGUGAGGUGGAGCGCACCUUCGGCAACCUGCACCUGAAGGACAGUAACCUGUACCAGGACCCCUACCUGCACCACCACGGGGGCUCCACGCUGGGGCUAACGGGCCCCAACCGGCCCCACAGCCUGGGCUCCAGCAGUUCUCUGGAGGGCGGCAUGUUUGACUGUGACAGCCUUGGAGGUGGCGUAGGCCCCAUCUUUACCACACAGCCACGUUCUGCACUAACGCACAGGAACAUGAGUAAAUUUGACCUGCUUCAGAGCCAGACUCCUCCGUCUGGGCCAGGACUGAAGCAGGGACUAGCUGACCUGUACGGAAAGUUCUCCUUUAAAGGUGGAGCUUCCAGUUCGGGCUACAUCGCAGGCCAAGACCGGUUCUGCGGUGGUGCAGACGACGGAAACAUCCGCUCUGAUGUGUCUGACAUUUCCACUCAUACCGUCACCUAUGGCAAUUUAGAGGGAAACGCAAAGAAACGCAAGCAGUAUAGAGACAGCUUGAAGAAGCGUCCAGCAUCAGCAAAGUCCCGUAGGGAACUCGACGAGAUCGAGUUGGGUUACCGCCGCCGCCAGCAUCACCACCACCACCACGGGCACCGCUCGGCUUCGCCUCCGUCCGAGCGCAAACGAGGUGUGAGCUCAACCUCAUAUCUGCUACAAGACAAGGAAAGCCUGAGGGAUUUCUACCUGGAUCAGUUCCGACCCAAGGAUGGCAUCCCUCAGUGGGAGCAUGUGGAUCUUACCGAUGGCCCCAGCGGUGGAGGAGGAGGAGGAGGCAACUGCACCAGUUUGGUGUCUGUAGACGACUUCCUAAAGAGCAAACCCAAGAAACCAGAGAGCAGCGACCGGGAAUGUCGCAGCUGUCGGGCCAGCAGCGCAGGCAGCAAGCACGGAGCUGGAGUUCUGCAUGUAGGAAGUGGCUGCGUGGCAUCGGGAGCCGCAGGAAGAGUUGGAAGCAGCCGUCCCAGUUCUGCCACUUGCAUGCGAUGCGAAGCCUGCAAGAAGUCUGGAAACCUGUACGAUAUCAGCGAGGACAGUAACCACCUGAUGGAGCAACUGGGAGGCAGUAAAGGCCAGACGCCAGCGCAGCGCCGCAGGGCCUUCAGCGGGAAGCCGCUACGCCGGCAACACUCCUACGAUGCAUUCGUAGACCUGCAGAGAGAAGAGUUUAGUGGGAUGGGUGUGCCGCCUGCAUUAUGUGCAGCACCGCCGCCACGCAGCGUCAGCCUCAAGGAGCGGGAGCGCUGCAUGGACGCCUCCUUCGCACACAUAUUCGAGCAUCCUGAGCAGGGCACGGAGCAAGACCCGCUAUUCUACGGAGCCGCCGUGAGGGGCGCAGGAUCGCCGUUUGGGUUGCAGAAUGCACCCCAUCGGCGCUCGGUGGGAGAGAGGGAUCUGAGAGACAGAGGACUCCUGGAGGGGCCUGUUCAUGCUUUAUCUAAAUCCCUCUAUCCCGAUCGAACCGACCACAACCCCUUCAUCCCUACAUUCGGAGAUGACCAGUGUCUGCUGCACGGUGCCAAGUCCUACUAUGUUACCAAGCAGCAGUCGCAGCACGGGGAUUUGCUCAGCCCCAUGGGCUUCCCUGCAGAGCUGUGCAUGGGGAACCACCACACCAGCAAGCUCAGCCUCGGUCCGCCUCGACCGUUCACCGGCAGCAACGGACACGUGUACGAGAAGCUCUCUAGCAUAGAGUCUGAUGUGUGAUAACGAGUCCAGAUUUUAGCAGGACACACAGAACUCGAAAGAACUGAAAAUGUCAUUUCCUGUGAAGUUCACGUUCACAUUUGGUUCAUCUCCAUGAGCUGGUGAGAAGAACAAGAGCAUAUCCAUCUGCCGAGUCAGAUGGCCAACAGAACAGCCCAGUCCUGUACCCUUGUCUUUUGUGAAGAUACAAUCAUGAAAGCAUAAUAAAUGCGCAUUGAUUUUUUUUUUUCAAACAGGGUAAUAACUUUGACUCAGAGAACUUGUGAAGACACUGCUGACUGGUAAUCUAUUGUUGAAAUUGGGUUUCAUUUGUCUGUUCUUUUCCUGAGGCCUUUGCUGAGCAUUAGGGAUUUUUUAAUGUGACGAUCAAUCCAGUCUCCGCAUAAGCCUAACACAUCCAUGGCAACAGCCUUCUUCUGUGCUGUUUACUGCCAUGAAACAUGCGUGCAUUUGUGAAAGUGCACAAGCCUCUGUUUUAUGCCAUCAUUUGUAUUCAAGUCUCUACUGCCGUGAUAUUUCAUAUCCAACAAGAAAUUGUGCUAAUACGCCUUCGGUAAAACUCAUGUGACUCUCGCUCAGAAGGUGAGAAACAAAGGGAGAUGAUAUGACCGUAUCAAUGCCUCUCUUUGGUUGUAAAUACAUUUCUCUUUAUAUAAGCCGACAAGGUCUACCUUUAAUAUAGCUUUUUAAAGUAUAACCAAAAUAACGAUAAAAACAGAACAAAAUAACAAAAACAUAAAAUAUGCAAAAUUUAGCAAAAGCAUUAUAACUCAUGAUAUGUGAUAUUUUAAGCGAUAGUUUGCUUUUUAAAUCCAUGUUUAUUACUUAAUUAUGAUAGUUUACUGCCUCCUAACCGGCUUCAUUUUAAGGAUUUACCUUUAUUCGGAUUUACCUUUGCAAUGUAACAGAGCUGAGCAGUGCUGUCGUGGAUAGUUUACUCGAUUAGUUGUACUGAUUACUACUUGCUAAGUUUUCCUUCAGUUGUGUUUAUUUAGAUGUCUGGUCGUCUGCUGGAGAAUGUUUCUAGGUUCUCACACACACACACACACACACACACAUUUGGGUUGCUAUGUAAAUGAGGGCAUAAUUGCUAUAAACUCACCCAAACCAUAACAUGUAGGGGGAAAAAAGCAUUUUUGUUAUUUAUUUAUUUUUACCUUUCAGGAUGUUUACACGAGGUGAUUUUGUCAAAUUUAGCUAACAAUCAGCUAACAAGUAAACAAACACACACACACACACACACACACAGAUCGCCAGCAUCCGUCACAGAGUGUGUUUAAUGGUCUGAAGCAGGGCUUUGAACCCUUCCUAAGGAUUUUUCUGACAUUGUAAAGCUGAUUAGUAAGCUGCUAGAGUGUCAUGUUUUUAACUGUAGUGCUAUCGUGAGGUCCAGUCCUCACUUUAGGUCUGCCACAAAAUAACCUUUCAUCUCCUCUUGUAUUGUUUCUACAGUUAGAGUAACUCUAACCACGUCUUUAAACUUUUUCUUUUUAGAGCAUUACUAAUAUUAUUAUUAUUAUUAUAUCAAAGAGUUUUAGGGUGUUUUCUUCUCAUAUGUUGAAGCCAGCGGCGUUCCUGUUAUAGCGCAGUAAUCUAUGUUUGAGUUUUCCUAAAAACAUAAAUAGUUUAGAUUAAAACACACACACACACACACAGAGAGAGAAAGAGAGAGAGUUCCCUGCUUAUACAGUAGCUUGAGCUCUAUAUGCUUGAAAAUCACAUUUUCUUAUGCUCAUAGAGGAAUACGCCUAUUACGCAUAGCUGUAGUUAUAAUUUUUCUAGUGCAUUUGCAAUAUAUAAGCAACUUUUAACGUUCCGUUGACUACUAUAUUUUCAUUAUUCUAAGGUAAGUAUAGCUGGUUUAAAGUAUUCUACAGGUAAGGAGCACCCUGUUAUUCACAUUAAUACGGUACAAACUCCAUCUGUUGUUUUCUCCACAUGAUCGAUGAAUUUGUCGCUUGUCAGGUGUGCGUGUGCGAGACUGACUUCUAUGUUAAAUACUCUUGUUGCUAUGGCACUGCCAUGGUGUUACAAUGCUGUUCCCAUGGUAACUGCAGUGCAAGAGAAUGCGGGCUGAAUGAGUGAAUUGUUUCACUAUGGAAUAAGAACUACAUCCACUUUGAUAUGUUACUGAAAUUUUUACGUCAUUUACAUCUCUGAAAUGAUUCUCAAGUGAAAACCUGUACAGAUUGUGUAUAUUAUAAUGAGAGAAUUCCUCCUUUUGUAUGACAAUAUGAACACAAACCUCUAUGAGACUUUAAUAGUGAGCGAGUGUUUUGAUGAUGAUUAUGAUGAUGGAUCAGAAUUCUUUCAAAUGCUGAAUAAAGCUAAUUAAAAUAAA